GAAAUCCGAUGCUCUGUAUCGCCGUGGCGCUGCUUCGGUCGCGCACCUUUGGGUCCCCAUCGAGUUCAAGCCCUCGGCCCACGCCCAUCCCCACAGAGCUGGGCCCACCCCUUCGACGACCAAAAACCCCUGGCGUUGACUUACAUGAAGGCCAAUGUGUGCCGUGUCCGCCGCUGCGUCGUCGCCGCUCAUUCGCCCGCGCCGCCAACGUCCUUACUGUACCCAUACUAUCCUCCGGACGGCUUCCACCUCAAGCCCUGCCUCGCCACCCGCACGUUUCCUCAACCACAGCACAGCACCUCGCGUGUCAGCGCAACAUUAGAACCCGCUUCUCAUAAGCUUUCCGAGCCUUCCUGGAACCGCCAGAGACUGCGAUACGUCCGGGCCUUGUUGCAACCCCGAGAUUUACGCAUCGAACUGCCCAUAGAGGGUCUCAUCGCCACUAACAAAAGAGCCGCCGUGCAGGGCUCCAGCAGCGUCUUGCGACCACGGCCCCGUCUUUACUGCUUCUCUCUCCAUUUCACUGUCCACCCCCCCACCGUGCUCUUCUCGAGACCUCGUUUUCCUCUUUCUUCUGGAUACCUACGGUUUCUGAUCUUCCCUCGGGUUCAUCAUGCGCCAGGGCGGGUCGUUAUGAACGUAAACCGUCAUGAUCCAUCUACGGAGACUCCUCCUGUCAGCAGCGCACGAAUAGAGUUCCCUGUAACGAGCCGCACACGCCACUCGAGGUAGAUCGCAUUGCCAGUGCUACGUCAACACACCGACUCAGCCAGCGCCCGUCGCCUCAGAGCAUCUUGUUCUCCCCGGGGCAUAUAAGCCGGGCCCGUCCCCAUGGACCGCCGUGGCUCGGCCGGAGAAAAUGGACUUUCACCGAUCCAGUCUGCGCCGCCGAAUCGGCGGCGUCUAUCAAUGGAGGAGGAUAUGCAUUACCAGCACAUCAUGACCGUAACUCAGCAACGGCGUCCAUCACACCCGCCACCAUACGAAGACGCCGACG